AUGCUGUCCUACCUGUGGUCGUUCCUGUCGGGUCCCACGUCGCCUGCCACGCCUGAACAGGCGCCUCACCUCAGCGAGCAGCAGCUACACGCUCUCCACGUCGAAUGGACUCGCAUGCAAGAGCGCAACAGGGCAGACGCGGACGCGUUGCUGGGCAAGCUGGUCGAGGAGAACAACCGCCUCGUCGAGACGCUGGACGGCGUGCAGCGCGAGCUGAAGGACGUCAAGGCGGGCAGGAAGGCAGACGAAGAAGCUCUGAAGGCGGCGCAGAAGGAAUUGGCGAAGCUGGGCGGCGGGAAGGUGCGUCUCGCGGUAGCCAUCCUCGACCUUGAAGCAGAUUGGUUCGCGCCUUCUAUCCUCAACUCUAGUCAACCUGGUCGAGCAGUCGUCGAAGGCUUAAUCGGCAAGCUACGCGAGACUCUGCUUCUUCUGCCGUUGGAGGAGCAGCGGAAGGACUGGCAGCUACUCGUCUUCGUCUUCUGGUCCCGCAAUGCGGAUUUUGUCCGCACUCUGCUGGCGAACCGGACCUUCGCCUCGUCCAAGGAUUUCGACCGCUUUCUUCACAGCUUGGACAGCGUUCGCCCUCUUUGCAACGUCGUUAUCAACGACCUGCCGAAAGACCAGCUGCGCCAACGCCAGCGAGCUUUCGCGACAGCUUUUGCGCGUGAUGCGUCUUGCCGCCGCCUGCUGCUCGGCCGCUGGGCGUUCACCGACCUUGCGUUGGCCGAAGAGGUCGCUUUCACCGCCGCAGCCGCUCGACCAGCGUAUCCCGGAAAAAUUAUGUUCGCCGAGCCCUUCGUCGGCUCUUGCGUGCCGCCGCAAAUCCACCGACUGGAGCCGAAAAUCCUGCGGAUCUCGAACCUCCUGCGGCGCUAUCCGCUCGAGACUCGGUCCGAGAAGCGGCCUCUGCUCCAGCUCGACUACACUCGGCCCCUUUCCCAGCAACGCCCGCCGCUCUGCCUCGACCAGUACCUGUCGCCGAAUCGCUGUCCCGAUGAGCGAUGCGCCUUCUCGCACGACUACGAGAUCCCGAGGGAGGUGGUCGACGCGCUGCGCUACGAAGUGUCGCGCACGCCUUGCCCGCUUCGCACGGGCGGCUUCGCCUGCGACGGCAGAGCCUGCCACUUUGCGCACCCGCCUCCGACUCGAGCAGCACCUGCACAUGACGACCCGCUCUCUCAGGCGCCUCAUACGACACCACUCUACCGGCAGCCCGUGCAGGCGCACUCCGCCGCUGGUCAGCCGGAACCGACGCCAGCCCAUCUCGUUGCGGUAGCGGCGUCGGCUCCCUCUUCCACACGCUCCGCCCUCAUCAAGCUCCUCUCUUCUCCGCAAAAGCCCCCUGCCGCAUCGCCUACGCAUGCUGCCUCGCCAACGCGCCACGAGAUUGCGCCAAACUCGCCAUUCGCCCACCCGCUCUCUCUCGUAGAUAACGCAUCGAAUGCGCCCGACUUCGACGCCGUCAAGCUCACGGAUGCGGAGCUUGAGUCGAUGCUGGCGAAGGCGAAGCUGGAGGAGGCGGAGUAUGCGAAGGAUUUGCAGGAGGAUCCAUUUUGGGAAGGCCGCGCGGGAGAAGGAGGGCAAGGAGCGAGAUUGGCUUGA